AUGGCGCAACCCCAGCAGCAACUGAGUCACAAGGACGCAGCCUUGUUCAGGCAAGUCGUCCGUAACUUUGAAAACAAGCAGUACAAAAAAGGUCUCAAGGCCGCCGAACAAAUCCUACGGAAAACGCCCAACCAUGCAGACACCCAAGCCAUGAAGGCUCUGAUCAUGAGCCAUCAAGGCCACAGCGAAGAAGCAUUUGCCCUCGCGAAGACAGCCCUCAACAACAACAUGAAGUCGCAUGUCUGCUGGCACGUGUAUGGCUUAUUAUACCGCGGUGUAAAGAAUUAUGAAGAGGCUAUCAAGGCAUACAAGUUCGCGCUGCGGUUAGAACCAGACUCGGCCCCUAUACAAAGGGAUUUGGCACACCUUCAGGUUCAAAUGCGAGAUUACGAGGGUUACAUCCAGAGCCGGAAAAACAUGCUGCAGCAGAAACCGGGAUUCCGCCAAAAUUGGACAGCUCUGGCCAUAGCUCACCAUCUCGCGGGAAACUAUGAGGACGCAGAGAAUGUCCUCACCACAUACGAAGAGACGCUCAAGGCAAAGCCGAACAGGUCAGACAUCGAACACUGGGAAGCCGUACUCUACAAGAAUUACAUCAUUGCAGACUCGGGUGAAGUCGAAAAGGCGCUCGAUCACCUGGAGGCCGUAGGGAAGAAAAGCCCCGAUGUCCUUGCAGUGAUGGAAAUGAAAGCAGACUACCUCGCGAGAUUGGGUCGAAAAUCGGAAGCCGAGGCAGCGUAUGCCGCCUUGCUCGAGCGCAACCCGGAUGACUCUGCGUACUAUGACGGGUAUAUCGCUGCUAAGGGUCUGACCGAUGGUCCGGUGUCGGAGGUCAAGAAGGCGUACCAGGAGCUCGCAGAAAGACACCCCAAAGCCGAUCUUCCCAGACGGAGAGCUUUGGAUGUCCUGUCCGGGGAAGAAUUCAAACAAGCGGCAGACCAAUACCUGCAAAGAAUGCUGCGAAAAGGGGUUCCUUCGACCUUUGCCAACAUCAAGCACCUUUAUACCGACGAGUCCAAGCGGGACAUUGUUCAGUCGUUGGUAGAGGAAUACACCUCUGGGCAUGGACAAUCACAUACCAAUGGAACCAAGGAGAAUGGCGACAAGGAAGAAACACGCUUCCAUUCCUCGGCUCUCUACUUCCUUGCUCAACAUUAUAACUAUAAAUUAAGUCGCAACCUGGACAAAGCUCUCGAUUACGCCGAGAAAUGUAUUGCCCUGGACCCGAAAUCCGUCGACUUUCACUCUGUCAAGGCUCGUACGUACAAGCAUAAAGGGGAGCUAACCAAGGCUGCCGAAAUCAUGGACCAGGCGCGCUCCCUGGACGAGAAAGACCGCGCAAUCAACACCAAGUGCGCAAAGUAUCAGCUUCGAUCCGAUCAAAACGACAAAGCCCUCGAGACGGCAAGUAAAUUCACCCAGAACCGCACCGGAGGCCCGCUGGGUGACCUCGUUGAUAUGCAAUGCGUCUGGUAUCUGACAGAGGACGGGAAAUCCUACUUGCGCCAACGAAAACUCGGUCUUGCGCUGAAACGAUUUCACCAGAUCCUCGCCAUUUUUGACCUGUGGCAAGAAGACCAGUUUGACUUUCAUAACUUCUCUCUUCGUAAAGGCAUGAUCAGAGCCUACAUUGACAUGUUGCGAUGGGAGGAUCGCCUGAGGGAGCACCCUUUCUUUUCCAACAUGGCCGUCUCCGCGGUGAAAGCGUAUUUGCUGCUAUUUGACAACCCGGAUCUGGUCCAUGGACCGAUCAUGGAUACUGUCAACGGCACAAGCAAGGCAGGAGAGAUGAGCGCGGCAGACCGCAAGAAGGUGCUCAAGAAGGCUAAAAGGGAACAGGAGAAAAUGGAAAGGGCGGAGGCAGAAAAGAAAGCGGCGUUGAAGGCGAGCAAGCCCACGCCCAAGAUUGACGAUGGUGAAACUAAAAAGGAAGACCCCGACCCUUUCGGCAAGACUCUUAUUGAGACGAAAGAGCCCCUGAAGGAUGCGAUGAAGUUUCUGGGCCCGCUAUUGGAGUUCUGCCCGGACGUGGCAGAGGCGCAGAAGGUUGGUUUCGAGGUGUUCCUCCGAAGAAAGAAGUACCUGCUUGCAUUGAAGUGUCUGCUGGAGCUGCAGCGCCUCGCAGCUAAAGAAAGCGAGGUGACAGAGUUGGGAUCAAGAUUGAGAAAGGCAUUCGAAGGAGACGAGAAGAACGUGCCAGAGCAGGCUCGGGAGAUUUUCAAGGCGGAAAUAGGGAAGCUGGUUCAGUGA